AUGAAGACGGUCGACACAGAUAACAGUGACUAUGGUUGGAGACCACUCCUAAACAAAUCACAAUUUCAGAUCAACGUCCUCGCAUUAGUAUCCGCGGCAAUUGAUGGAUACCUCCCACGACACCGUCUCUGCGACGCUCUGGUCGGUCAAAUCCUAUUAGCAUGCUACCUGGGCCUGGUCACCAGAGAACUAGCUGCGGUUUUCCAUACCAUGUUUACUAAACUUGCACGACUCAGGCUUAGACGAUGGUCCCAAGCUGGAAAUGCAGGAGGCCCAUUCCUUGGUCCAUGUUAGUACCCUUCUCCUCAGUCAAAACGCCUGCUUGAUGAAUAUUCUCAAGAGCUGAGAGAUGCUUCAACUUUGGCACAAUUCCCAAUUGUCUACUACCCCCGAAUAUUCUGGAAAGAUAUAUACUGACUUGAAGAUUUUGGGUUACAGGUGGUCUUCCAAUGCGAUUACCAGAAUCCGAAAAGCUCAUACUACUUUGUGGUAACCCACCAAGAGACGGUGUGUCCAAAUGGAAUUUCGAGUCCAUACAUGAUGCUCUUCUGUCGGGUAAUAUGAAUGUAUGGUUUUGGCUCAUUCAAACACUUUAUGCGGGAAAAGCACCUGAAGACCUCACUUAUGUAUUUGGAUCUCAUGAUAUUUCCGGUCUUUCCAUUCAUUAUCAUGACGAUCGCCUUGGAUACGAGUCAGAAGACGAUUCUAGAGGAUGGGGACCUGGCAAAACCCCGUUGGCAAAAGGUAUACCUCCACGAGGGAUUACUCGACCUCCCAAAGGUAUCUACUUCAACUUCAAAAGGUCGCCCUACUUCAAAGACAAGGAUCCUAAGUUGUCAGUCCAACGGUCUAUUAAUCACGAUUUACGACAAAUCGAAAUAUUCAUGUCGAAAUGCUUUGGUUUCGCCCGAAAAAACAAAAAGGCCAUGGAACAGAAACUCUCGGAGAUCUUGGAGCAUGGAAACUACAUCACCCCCGAUACCUCCCCACCGUUUAUUCUCGCGUCUUCAGCACAUGAUGGUGCUUCUCCUGUAUCGCUCGCUGUUUCCAUGAAGAUCAAUAGGCGAGACCCGAAGACUGCAAAACCUCAAAAAGAACUCUACGGGGUCCUUCCUGGUAGUGACGAAUCUGAGUUUGGGGAGUUUGGGGAGACUGAGAAAGAAGAUGAGGAAGAAAAUGGAGAGGAGGAAGCCGAAAAGGCGGUAGAAAAGAUGGUAGAACCAACGGGGGACACGACUGAGGAAGAGACGGAUGAGAAGUAUUACGACACUCCAACAAAGACAAAGAGAGCCAAAAGGACACACAAGUUCGUUUUGCAAAAGGCUGAGGAAAUCCGCAGCUCUAGACCUUAG